CGCGACUCCGAGUCCCCAGCUCCACCGACUCCUGGACCGAUUCCUUCGCUGCCACUUACAUUCCAAUUCAUGCGUACCCCACACCACAUCGAAGUCAGGUCAACAACUCAUGCAAAAUUAUAAUUUUCAAGAGCGAUGCCACAGUGCCAAUACGACACUGCAAAUCACAUCGACUCUCCUCGGCGCGAGAUUCCGCUGUCUGUUCUUGCGGGCUCGCGCGUAUAAGUCGAGCGCGUCCGGUUGCGGCUCUAGAAGCUCAAGCUGCCGCAAGGAAGCGCAAGCGCAAGAGAGCCAGUCCCAGGAAGCAGCUGCUGGCUGUGAUCGAUGCAGUGGUACAUGGGGAGGCGCCCGGUGCACUCUUCUUCCUCCUCUGCCUCGUUCGUCAUCCGUCUCGUCUUGGUUGUUCUGGCGGUUUGGUGCCAGGUGAUCCUGCAGGUGGCCCCGGCGCAGGUGCGCGUCGGCGUCGUCCUUAACAUGGCGUCGCCGGUCGGGCCGCGGGGGCGGGUCGGCAUUGAGAUGGCGGUGGAGGACUACUACGCCGCGCGCCCCAGUUCCAAGACCAGAAUCGCGCUGCGCUUCCGGGACUCGGGCGGAGACGUUCUUGGCGCCGCUUCCGCCGCGGUGGACCUGAUCAAGAACGAGCAGGUGCAGGCCAUCAUCGGGCCGCCGACGUCGGCGGAGGCCGAGUUCGUGGCUUACAUCGGCAACCGCACCCAUGUCCCCAUCCUCUCCUACUCCGCCACGUCCCCGGCGCUGUCCCCGGCGCAGACGCCCUUCUUCGUGCGCACCGCGGCCAACGACUCCUUCCAGGCCGCGCCCGUCGCCGCGGUCCUCGCCGCUUUCGGGUGGCACGCGGCGGUGGUCGCGUACGAGGACUCGCCCUAUGGUUCCGGCAUCCUCCCGGCGCUCGCCGAUGCGCUCCAGGGCGUCUGCGCGAGGAUCAUGGACCGCACGGCUGUGCCGGCAGAUGCAGACGACGACCGACUCGACGCGGUGCUCUACCGCUUCAUGGCGAUGCCCACGCGCGUGUUCGUCGUGCACAUGAACCCUUCCCUCGCUGCGAGGUUCUUCCGCCGCGCUAGGAACGCCGGCAUGAUGUCGGUGGACUACGCCUGGAUCGCCACGGACGGCGUCGGCAGCGCCGUCGACGCGAUGAGCCCUGAAGACGUUGACGAGAUGCAGGGGGUUGUCAGCCUCCGGCCGUACGUGCAGGUGACGGACCACGUCAAGAACUUCUCGGCGCGGUUCAGGGCGAGGCUCCGGCGGGAGAACCCGAGCGCCGACGACUACGUCCAUGAUCAGACCGUGGUGAUGCUCUGGGCGUACGACACGGCAUGGGCGAUCGCGGCGGCUGCUGAGGCGGCCAGUGUCUCCAGCCCGGCGUUCCAGACGCCGCAGCUGAGCACGGCACUGACGGACCUGGACCGGCUCGGCGUGUCAGCCACCGGAGCAACACUUCUCAAUGCUGUGCACGACACGACCUUCCACGGCCUCGCCGGUAACUUCACGCUCGUCGACGGGCAGCUGCUGCCGCCGGCCUACGAGAUCGUCAACAUCUUCGGGAAAGGCGCGAGGACAGUGGGGUUCUGGACGCCGGAGUCCGGAGUGAUGCAAGCUCUUAACGCCAACGGCGCCAAAGGGCUGACGCAAAUUAUUUGGCCAGGUAAUUCACAUUUGUGGCCCAAAGGCUGGGUCGUGUCGCCGAACGGGCAGCAGCUUCGCGUCGCCGUGCCGGUGAAGAAAGGGUUCACACAAUUCGUGGAGGUCACCAAGGACUCGACAACAGGAAGGCGAAACGUGACAGGCUACUGCAUCGAGGUGUUCGACGCGGUCAUGCGCAAUAUGCCAUAUCCGGUGAGCUACCAAUACGUGCCGGACGAAGACAGCGCCGUGUCCUACGAAAAAUUCGUGUCCCAGGUGCCCGAACAGCUAGCGGACGUCGUCGUCGGCGACGUGACGAUCACGGCGAGUAGGAUGGCCGAGGUGGACUUCACCAUGCCGUUCACCGAGUCGGGGUGGUCAAUGGUCGUGGCGGUGCGCACGGACACGGGCACGAGCAUGUGGAUCUUCCUGCAGCCGCUCACCACCAGCCUCUGGAUCGCCAGCUUCGCCUUCUUCUGCUUCACCGGCUUCGUCGUGUGGGUGAUCGAACACCGCAUCAAUCCCGAGUUCCGCGGCACGCCGUGGCAGCAGUUCGGCCUCAUCUUCUACUUUGCCUUCUCCACGCUCGUCUUCUCGCACAAGGAGAAGCUGGAGAGCAACCUGUCGAGGUUCCUGGUGAUCAUAUGGGUGUUCGUCGUCCUCAUCCUGACGUCGAGCUACACAGCGAGCCUGACGUCGAUGCUUACCGUCCAGAAGCUCCAGCCGACGGUGACGGACGUGAGGGAGCUCCAGCGGCGCGGCGACUACAUCGGGUACCAGGAAGGCACCUUCAUCGAGGGCUCGCUCCAAAAGCUGGGCUUCGACAAGGCAAAGAUGAGGAGCUACAGCACGGCGAAGCAGUACGCCGACGCGCUGUCCAAGGGGUCGGCCAACGGCGGCGUCGCCGCCAUUUUCGACGAGAUCCCGUACCUGAAGCUCUUCCUGUCGCAGUACUGCGACGGCUACACCAUGGUCGGCCCGGUCUACAAGACCGACGGCUUCGGGUUCGUGUUCCCGAGGGGCAGCCCGAUGACGCCGGACGUGUCGCGCGCGGUCCUGGCCCUGGCGGAAGGGGAUGAGAUGGCGCAGAUAGAGAAGAAGUGGUUCGGCGAGCCCGGCGCGUGCCCGAGCCAGAGCGGCUGCGCCACCGUCGGCUCGUCGAACCUCAACUUCCGGAGCUUCGGCGGACUGUUCCUCAUCACCGGCGUGGUGUCCGGUCUCAUGCUCCUCAUCUACCUCGUCACCUUCGUCUACCAGGAGCGCGACGAGCUCCGGGCGGCGGAGGAGGCCGGCUCCGGGAGCUCGUCGAUGGGGAGGCUGCGCGCGUGGCUGCGGCACUACGAUCAGAAGGACACGAGGUCCCGCACCUUCAAAACGCGCAACGACGAAUCCAUCAGGAACGGGAACCAGACGCAGAGAUGGAUCGAUGAGACCGUAAGGGAUGGCGGCGACGCGAACGGCCGGGUGCAGGCUGCGAGCGAGGAGGAAGCUAUCGGCAUGAGCCCGUUCAGCAUCUCCACCGGCACGGAGAUGAUCGCCGGAUCGUCGCCAGCGUCGGAGCUCGGGACCUCGUUCGAGCAGAGGAUGCAGGAGGCGGCAAACUCCAUGGAGAUGCCAAGAACGACGGCCUCGUAACAUUAGAUAAAUUUAUGCUUGUGGAUACAGGACAAGUGCACCCUGACACGUCUGGUAGACCGUAGUAAACUCUGACAAGUCAGUAUGUCUAUAGAUAGCCAGCAAGUGCUGACAUGGCAUUACUUCUAAUUGUGCAACAAUAAUCCAGCGCGUAUUAAUCAGGAGAAUGUCUGUGUUCAAAUACGAAGCGAACACAAUACUGUUCAGUUCGAUGGGGGUUGCGGCAAUGUCUGAUCAGUAGGUACAUAAUGGAUAGUUUUGAAGCAGCA